AUGCAGACCACCGGGAACAAGAGAUCCUCCUGCCCAAGUUUCAGGCUCCGGGAAGUGGCCUCAAUGUACUUCACCAUGAUUAUGGUUUUCCUGGUCAUCCUGGUGGUGGCUCUGCAAGGCACAGCUCCCCGGGAGAAUUAUUUCCCUUACAAGGUGCCCCUGGAUCCCCAGAGUUUCCUGGAGCUCUCGUGGAAUGUCAGCUACCCGGAGCAGGUGGUGCAUUUCCAGCUCUUGGUCAAGGAGCCGAAAUUUGGGCUGCUCUUCGGGAUGUCGGACAGGGGCGAGUUUGAGAACGCGGACCUGGCCGUGCUCUGGAGCGACGGGCACAGCUCCUAUUUUGGGGAUGCGUGGAGUGAUGAGAAAGGGCAGCUUCACAUGGAUUCCCAGCAGAACUACCAGCUUCUCAAAGCACACAGAACCCCCGAGGGACUCUACCUGGUCUUCAAGAGAGCCUUCAGCACCUGUGAUCCAAAGGACUACCUUAUAGAGGAUGGUACCGUGCACCUUAUCUACGGGAUCCUUGAGAAACCCGUCCGUUCUCUCCAGGCAAUCAACAUCUCUGCCAUCCACAGGGGGGUGCAGAGGGUGCAGCUGCUGAAGCCAAACAUUAGCGCCCCGGAACUGCCCAGGGACAUGAAGACCAUGGAGGUCAGAGCCCCCAACGUGGUCAUUCCCAGCCAGGAGACCACAUACUGGUGCUAUAUGGUGGAGCUUCCGGACAGCUUCCCGAGACAUCACAUUGUCAUGUAUGAGCCAGUGAUCACGGCAGGCAACGAAGCUAUAGUCCAUCAUAUGGAAGUCUUCCAGUGUGCUGCAGAAUUUGACAGCUUCCCACAUUACAAUGGGCCCUGUGACUCCAAGAUGAAGCCGGACCGACUGAACUACUGCAGACAUGUGCUUGCAGCGUGGGCCAUGGGAGCUCAGGCCUUCUACUAUCCAGAAGAGGCAGGACUUGCCUUUGGUGGUCCGGGCUCCUCCAAAUAUUUACGGCUUGAGAUUCACUACCACAACCCUCUGGUGUUCAAAGGUCGCCAUGACUCCUCCGGGAUUCGCCUCUAUUACACAGCCACGCUGAGACGCUAUGAUGCUGGCAUUAUGGAGCUGGGCCUGGUCUACACGCCGGUGAUGGCUAUCCCACCUGGGGAAGCUGGUUUCCUCCUGAAAGGGUACUGCACAGAUAAAUGCACCCAAGUGGCUCUGCCCCCGGCUGGGAUCCACAUCUUUGCCUCCCAGCUCCACACUCACCUGACGGGAAGAAAGGUGGUGACGAUUUUGUCCCGAGAAGGGAGAGAAAGGGAAGUUGUGAAUGCGGACAAUCACUACAGCCCUCACUUCCAGGAGAUCCGCAUGUUAAAGAAAGUGGUUUCUGUCUUCCCGGGCGAUGUUCUCACAACAACCUGCACGUACAACACAGAGGACAGGAACCAAGCAACUGUGGGUGGGUUUAGCAUCACGGACGAGAUGUGUGUCAACUACGUGCACUAUUACCCCCAGACGCAGCUGGAGCUAUGCAAGAGCGCUGUGGAUUUAGGCUACCUGCAAAGAUAUUUUAAUCUCGUGAACAGGUUUAACGAUGAGGAGAUCUGCAUGUGCCCACAGGCCUCCAUCAGGCAGCAGUUGUCUUCCGUCCCUUGGAAUGCGUUCAACAGAGACGUUCUGAAAUCUCUCUAUGACUUUGCUCCGAUCUCUAUGCACUGCAAUAAAUCCUCAGCGGUUCGUUUCCCGGGCGAAUGGGAGAAGCAGCCUCUGCCCAGGAUCACCAGGGUGCUGCCGGAAUCAGCCCCAAGCUGCCAGCCCGCCGUAGGACCUCCUCCCGCAUCCCCUGCUCUCGUCAACCUAGGCAGGGUAAAGGCAGAAUGAACGCCUGGCAGCCUGCCUCGAUACUCGUUGUUGCCGGGACGGGAUGCUCCUCGGCACACAGGGUUGUUCGGGAUUUGGUUCAGCUUUUGUAUGCUGCCAGGGAUGCAGAGGGCACACGUCAGACUGGCUCCCCUUCCGGAUGUACGGUCCAUCACACAAAGAAAGGCCCUUUACUCAAGGCGGUCUGGACUCCGCUCAUGAGAUACUUUCACACCCCUGGGAUGGCAGUGAGUGGGUGGGACACAAAACACCUCUCCACACACAUGCAGGCCCAGCUCCUGCAGAUCGUCCCUGAAUCUCUGGGAUGGCGGGGAGGAUGCAACACCCGUAUAGAAGCCAAACAGACAAGAGCUUCUCCUACAGCGCCACCAGAGCUGAGGGAUUUGCAGGUUACAGGGUUGGCUGCUGCUAGGCCACCGCUGGGAAGAACUCGGCCCUGUAUUAUAUACACCGAAGGGUCAGGAGACCCAGUUAGCCAGGUGCUGCCUAGUGGGCAGAGGGCAGGACCGGGAAAACAUGAGUUCUAAUUCCAGCUCUGAUGCUGGCUCGCUGUGGGACCGCCACCUCUCUGCCUCAGUGUCCCCAAACACCAAUAAUCUAUACCUUGACACCUCCUUGACGGGGGCUUGUUAGGGCUAAUUCGUUAAAGUUCAGCACGUACUCUGAAGAUGGCAAGUGCUAUUAUUAGUGGAUUAUUAGCAAUGCCAGCGCUGAGUAAUGCAGGCUGCCACCCCCGGAAUAAUAACGCUCAGGAUUUCCAUUGUGCUUUGCAGCCAGGCACUCCCCGCUCUCCUCCCCCACCCCAUGCUCCUAGUGACCAGUGCUAGGUUAUCGCUAGGGAAAUAGAGGCCCAGAGGGCAAGUGGCACUGGCCAGGGGCAGGCAGAGCAUCAGCAGAAUCAGAAGGCAACUCCUCCUGGCUCCUAGCCAUGCACUCCCUCUUCCCCUUAGACUGGUGAAUGACAAGCCCUCUUUUUACCAGAAGCCGAUGGCGUAGGCGCCACAGACUGAGAGAUGCUGACUUGUCACUGACAGCUCCUCUUGACAUUUGCAGCACAGACCUGGGAAUGUCUGGAAUAGCCAGGGCCAGGCCCUGGCUGCCGCGGCUCCUCCCCUGCCCCUCCGAGGGGCUCAUUCAUGUUGAGGGGACCAGAUGCCAAGGGAUGGGAACAAGCGAUGCUUUUGAGCAAGGAGUUACAAGAGAGGGGGGCCUCUCUCUGUCUCUGGCCGGGGAGGGAGGACAAACCACUUAGCAUGCAAAACGACUCUGUUAAAUAGAGAAAUAUACAUUGGCCCACACAGCUAAGCCAACAGCAGGACCCAGGGAAUGGACCAGAGCUUCAGCUGGGGUCAAUCAGCAUCAGUGGAAUUUACACCAGCUGGGGUUCUGGCCCAAUGCAUGCAAAUAACCAGAGGCGUCUGGAUCCCGCCCACAUCCCCAAAUUGUCCUUUUUUGCUGUAGGAGCCUGAAGGAGAAAUCCCCAGAGAAACAGAAAGGGGGCUGGGGUAGGGAAGAGGUGACUAACUCCUCCCCAGCCACAGCAGUCAUGUCAGCACAGCCCACAUGUUUCUAAAGCCUGGUCUACACCUACAAAUUAGCUCAACCGAGUGACACGGCUCAAGGCUGUGAAAAACUCCAUGCCCUGUGCGAUGUAGUUAGGGCCACUUGGCCCCCACCGUAGAGACAGCUCGGUCGAUGGAAAGAUUCUUCCGCCCACCUUGCGACCGCCUCUUGGAGAGGUAGAUUAACGUCACCGCUGUAGGACGCCUCUGCACUACGGUGCUACACGUGCACAGCGCCAGAGCCGCACCAUUGGAGCGUAGACCCAGCCCCAGGAAACACAAAAAUCCCAGGCCAGGUUGAUCGCACUGAAAGGAUGCCUUCGGAUCCAAUGUGGCAGGAGGGAUGUUCAUGGAUGGGUCUGGGCCACCUUCAGUGGUGACAUAAAUCAAACGGACCUGCCCCUCGCUUACCUUCAGGUCUCUUUAUGACAGCAUAAAGGGACCUUAAAAUAUUCCCCCCUGCCUGCCCAGAGGCUUCCCUGGUGGCUCAGAGCUGGUAGGUCUCCCCCCGGCCCUCCCUGCACAGGAGAGAGGCCGGAGUGCACUGUCGUGUAGCCAUUCUCUGUUUCCGAGCAGCCACAAGCAGCAGCGUGUAAAUUAGCACAGCCCUGAAGCUGCUCUAAUUUACGCUCGAGGCCAGACAUCCUCAGCACGGCCCCGGAAUACAGGGAGCACAAAGGUGACUUAAAGGCCCUUUUAACCUUACCCUACUCCGAGUGCAGCGAACCAGGCCUGAAGUAUGUGUUUUAGCUGCUCAGAGGUACUAAUGUGUUGGAUGCCUUCCAGUGCUUAUACUCAUUGGAGGGAAAACCACUGCAUCACAGCCCCUCCCAAACACUGCUUUCCCCAUACACUCCCUUCUCCAUGUAACUCCCCACCCAGCUUUGGGCACUCUGUCGUGUUGCAUCAAAGGAGGGGGAAGGGGGAGGGACUAACUUCCAGAAAACAAGCACCCAUCACUGAGAAGGCCCUGUGGCCACUCUCUCCUGCUUGAAAUUAGGGGGUUUUGCAAAGGGCCGCUCCACGCAGUGCAACAGAAAUGUGUCUAGUCACGAACUUGCAGGCUGGGACCUUGCUGCUUCCUUUCACAGUCUCACAACAGCGUGGGGAGCGGGUGGGAACUCCCACUACCUACACAGGUGGUAAGGGAGGGGUGGAGCAUGGCUCCCACCCCUAAUACUCCGAGUCACCCAGUUCACGCCAUGACGCCCACUUUACGACAGGCAGGGGGCAGUUAGCUCAAGCACCUCCUCCGCCUUGCUCAGGGCAUUGCCCGGGGUUGUCUCCCGGGUGGUCAGAAUAAAAUGCUCCCGUUGAGGGAUGGGGCAGGAUAAACAGCAAAGGGCGUUCUGCAUCCGCUGGAGCGUCAGAGGGGUCCGUGCAGAGGACCGUGCCCCCCGCUCUAAACGGGGGGCGGGGCCGGGGGCAUUGGUGGAGUGGGUUGGAAAAUGGGUGCCCACGGCUGGGGAAAGGAGUGCUGCUUGGCCCAGUGGCACAUGUGCCGAGGAGCGUCAGCUGAACGUCAGGCGGGAGAGGAGAGGGGCAGAACGUAGCAGGAAGAACCGCAGGUAGGGGAGCAUGGGCUGGAUUCUGAUCAGUUACUCCUGUGUAAAUCCGAGGCAGCAAAA